AUGGUCACUCUGAGAGCGAGUCAGGCUGUCCGUAACACUGGGGUCUUUUUGCAGGGUGAUCAUGUGUGGCUCCAGACCGAGGGUGGAGAGUUCUGCGUGCCCAUUGGGGCGGAGGUGAAGCAGGUUGGCUCUGGGAAGUUCCUGCUGUUGGAUGAUGAAGGCAAGGAGCUAUGGAUUGGCGCAGCAGACAGGCAUCGAGUGGAGCAGAUGCAUCCCAGCUCUGUGAAGGGAAUGGACGACAUGAUUCGAAUCGAGGACCUGAAAGAAGCUGGGAUUUUGCGGAACCUCCACAUCCGAUUUCGGGAGAAUGUCAUUUACACCUACACCGGCUCAAUCCUGGUGGCUCUGAACCCUUACCAGCAGCUCCCAAUUUACAGUGUGGAGCAGAUCAGCCUGUACACCAACAGGCAGAUUGGGGAGCUGCCACCUCACAUCUUCGCCAUUGCUGAUAACUGCUACUUCAACAUGAGGAGGACCAACAAGGACCAGUGUUGCAUCAUCAGCGGGGAGUCAGGAGCAGGGAAGACGGAAAGCACGAAGCUGAUCCUGAAGUUUCUGGCUGCAGUCAGUGGACGGCACAAAUGGAUUGAACAGCAGGUCCUGGAGGCAAACCCGAUCCUGGAAGCCUUUGGAAAUGCAAAAACCGUGAAAAAUGACAACUCUAGUCGCUUUGGGAAAUACAUUGACAUAUUCUUCAGUGGAGACGGGAUGAUAGAGGGGGCAAAGGUUGAGCAGUACUUGCUGGAGAAGUCCCGAGUGUGUCAACAGGCUCCAUAUGAGAGAAACUACCACAUAUUCUACAGUCUACUGAUGGGCAUGAACACCCAGCAGAAGAAACUCCUCGGUUUAGGCACAGCGCAUGAGUAUGACUAUCUCACUAUGGGUAACUGUACGAGCUGUGUCGGGCAUGACGAUGCGGAACAUUAUGCUGAUAUUUGCUCGGCUAUGAAAAUCUUGAUGUUUUCAGACAAUGAGCAGUGGGAAAUCAACAAACUACUGGCUGCUAUUCUGCACCUGGGCAACCUUAAGUUCCAAGCUGCCAUAUAUAAUAACUUGGACUGCUGCGAGCUUUUGUCUUCAAGUCACCUCUCCAUGGUAACCAAGUUACUUGAGGUGAACCUGCAGGAACUGGAGAAUGGAAUGACCAACAGAUCCAUCCUGAUCCGAGGAGAAAGUGUGUCAACCCCAAUGAGCAAGGCAUGGGCAGCUGGCAACCGCGACGCACUCGCCAAGGCAAUUUACAGCCAUCUCUUUGUGUGGAUCGUGAAUAAAGUUAACACUGUGAUUUACACACACCCCACCAGUAAUUCGGGAAAGGUCUCAUCAAUUGGUCUGCUCGACAUCUUUGGCUUUGAGAACUUUGACUUAAACAGUUUCGAGCAGCUGUGCAUUAACUUUGCCAAUGAGCAGUUACAGCAGUUCUUUGUGAGAAACCUCUUCAAGGAGGAACAGGCAGAAUACCUAAAGGAGAACAUCGACUGGGAACACAUCGAUUUUGUUGAUAACCAAAAGGCACUGGAUGUUCUCAGCUUCAAACCAAUGAACAUCAUCUCACUCAUUGAUGAAGAAAGCAAGUUGCUAAAGGGCACGGACAGGACAAUGUUAAACAAGUUGAAUAAUCACCACAGCAACAGUAGAAUCUACCUUCCUCCCAAGAGCUCCCACGAUACCGAAUUUGGCAUUACGCACUUUGCUGGAGUGGUCUACUACAACUCAAACGGCUUCCUGGAGAAGAACAAGGAUGAUCUGAGUUCCAGCAUCGUCCAGGUGGUGCAGUCUUCUGGCAACACUUUCCUCAAAAGUAUCUUCCAGAUCAGAUCCGGGCCAGCUUCAGGGAGGAAGACCAAUCACCUUCCCGUUCCCCAUGGAGGAUCUGUCAAGGCGACCGACAGCCACAAGCGCCUGUCCACACUCUGCAGCCAGUUCAAACAGUCUCUGGACAAUCUAAUGAGAAUUCUCAAAGCUUGUCAGCCCUUCUUCAUUCGCUGCAUCAAACCUAAUGAAUACAAGAAACCUCUGCUGUUUGAUCGGGAGUUGUGCACUAAACAGUUGCGAUAUUCUGGAAUGAGGGAGACUAUCCGUAUCCGCAAGUCAGGUUAUCCCAUUCGCUUCACCUUCCCAGAUUUUGUGCGAAGGUACAAGAUUACACUGAGAUCGGCACUGUGGCAGCGCACAGAGGACAACGUCCACUUAUUCUGCAAGCAGAUCGCUGAGUCGGUGAUUGGAAUCGAUAGAGAUUGGAAGAUUGGGAGGACAAAGAUCUUCCUUAAGGAGUGCGACCACCUGACCUUGGAACUUGAGCGAGACAGAAUCUUGACAGCUAAGGUCCUAAUGAUUCAGAAAGUCAUGCGUGGUUUCAAAGACAGGAAGAAAUUCUUGAGACUGAGGGCUGCAGCUCAGAAGAUCCAGAGUCACUGGAGAGGACACCAGUGUCGCAAGAAGUACAGAUUGAUGAGAGAAGGAUUUGGAAGAUUACAGGCACUGUAUCAUGCACGGAGAACGGCUAAACAGUACCAAGACACCCGCCGGCUGAUGAUUCUGUUCCAGGCACGAUGCCAGGGUUACCUGGCGCGGCUGAACCACUGCAAGCGGCUGGAGGCUCUGGUCACUAUCCAGGCCUACACAAGGGGGCUGCUGGUUCGGAGGAGCUAUCAGAGAAAGAGGAGGAAAGCAAGGAUGCCCAAGCAAGACAUAAUGAAUGAGAGGAAGCAGAGAGAAGAGUACUUGAGGAAGCAGCAGAAGAAGGUCGAGACCCUCAAUGACCUGGAGAUGGUAGACAACAUCUUCAGCUUCCUGCCAAGUGUGCUGGUGAGCCCGGAGAAAGAAGGUCCUCCGGAAUUUGCGGACCUGAAGGUGACUCAUCAGAAGUUGGAGGAGUUUGAUCUGGACGACACAUCUCUGUCCUCUGACUCUGGUGAGGAGGAUGACCUGGCCCAAUACACCUUCCCGAAAUAUGCUGCCACUUACUUCCAGGGGUCGUCUACACCCACCCACAUCCGGCAUCCUCUCCGACAUCCACUGCCUUCUUCCACGAGGACCAGUCGACAUCCUGGCUUCCCUGGCCGUGUGGAAUAUUAUCCUGAGGUUCAUGGGAGAUCUCCCAGAGCCCAAGUCAUUUGCGAAGGCCUCAGAGAAGACAAGAGAUUCCAUCAUGACACAGAUAUAUACUCCCUUGGCAGAAAGUCCAAGGUUUGCAUGACUACAGAACGGACUACAGAUAAGGGUACACAUAGUCAGACACCUGGAGAGGAAAUGCUGUUGGAUGAGAAUCCCAUCUCAGACAGACCAAUGUCAAACCUGGAAAAGCUUCACUUCAUUAUUGGUAAUGCCAUUGCCAGACCUAGCAUCAGGGAUGAGAUUUAUUGUCAGAUCUGUAAGCAGCUAUCCGACUGUUACAACAAGAAUGUUUACGCCAGAGGCUGGAUACUCAUGUCUCUCUGCGUUGGCUGUUUUCCACCCUCAGAAGGCUUUAUGAAGUACCUGCGUAACUUCCUUCGGGCCGGACCGGUGGGGUACGCGCCGUACUGCGAGGAGCGGCUGCGGCGGACGUCAGCCAAUGGAGCUCGGACAGAGCCGCCAAGUUACCUGGAGCUGGAGGCAUCCAAGACAAAGCAGCCGAUGAAGGUGACCGUGACAUUGAUGAGCGGAUCAAGCUACUCCAUCUCCAUUGACUCUGCUACCACGGCCAAUGAGCUGUGCAAGGCCCUCGCAGGCAAAACUGGACUGACUGACUCCUUCGGUUUCUCCAUCUACAUCGCGCUGUAUCAGAAGGUCUCCUCCCUUGGGAGUGGUGCCGAUCACAUUAUGGACGCCAUUUCGCAGUGUGAGCAGUACGUGAAGGGGCAGGGCGGGCAGGAACGACAUGCGCCCUGGCGCCUGCUAUUCCGCAAGGAGAUCUUCACCCCCUGGCAUGACUGCAGUGAGGACCCGGUCAGCACAGACCUCAUUUACCAGCAGAUCCUUCGUGGCAUUAGGUUUGGGGAAUAUCGGUUUGAAAAGGAGGAAGAGCUGGUGGAGAUUGCUGCCACACAUUACUACGUGAGGUUCGGAGUGGGCGCUGAGGCCGCGAAGGGGCUGGAGGUUGUCCGAACCUGUAUCUCUGACAAACUCCUGAAGAAGAAACCCCCAGAGGAAUGGAGCCAACAGAUCAUGGCAGGAGUGAAGAGUUCGUUCAGCACCGAGACACCAGACCCACUCACUCUCAAGGCCCAGCUCGUUGACCUCGUCCGCAUGAGGUGGCCCUUCCUGUUCUCCAGGUUUUUUGAAGCUGCAAAGUUUUCAGGGCCCACCCUCCCCCAGAACAAGCUGGUGGUCGCUGUCAACUGGCUCAGCCUCAGUUUCGUGGACCAGAAUGAGAAAGUCCUAUGGAAACGUUCCUUUCCGGAGAUCACCGGAGUGAAUACAAACAGGGCUUCGAAGCUGUUUGGGCAGAGUGUGACGGUGAGCACCCUGCAGGGUGAGGAGUACACCCUCACGUCUGGGCACGCAGCCGACAUCGCUGACCUGCUCAUGAUGUUUCUCAAUGGCCUGAAGGUGAGAUCGGAGUAUGCAGUGGCACUGCUCAACAGUCCCAAACAAGAUGAUCCCAUAUUCCUAAAAUUUCAGAAGGGUGAUUUGAUUAAGCUGUUGAAAACUGAGGAGAAUACUCAGGUUCAAGGUCACGGCUGGAUUCAGGGGCAGAAUGAGCAUACGGGGAAGACAGGAAGUCUCUCUCUGGAGUCUGUCUUCAUCAUUCCUACCCUCGAGAAACCUUCGUCGGACGUGAUGGAUUUGAUCCGCAUGUCUCCGGAUCAGCGACGCCAGGCUGCACAGACGGUCCCUGCAGACAAGUUGGAGGCCAAGCUCUACACCCUUGAGGAGUUCUCCAAUCACCACUUCAGGCCGCCAAGUCAAGAGUCAAUAAGCCGUGCGGUGUUCCCAAAGGCUCAUGUGAAGGACCGGAUCUGGGCCUGUUCCAGGGAGCCCCUGAGAUUACCAUUGCUGAAGAAAGUCUGUGCCAAUCCAGAGAUGGUGCAAGUGGCAUGUCAAGCCUUCAUUGCUAUAAUGAAAUACAUGGGGGAUUACCCUGGGAAGCUGUCCAAGGCCGGCACUCAGCUGACUGACCAGAUAUUUUCCAGAGCGCUGCAGGAGGAGGCACUACAGGACGAAAUCUACUGCCAAAUCAUGAAGCAGCUGACCGAUAACCAGAACAGGUACAGCGUGGACAGUGGCUGGCAGCUGCUCUGGCUCUGCACCGGACUCUUCCCUCCCAGCAGCCCGCUCUUCCCUCACGUGAAGAAGUUCCUCGAGAGUCGGCGGAAGGAGAGGUUGUCGACAGAGUGCAUUCAGAGACUAACAAACGUUAAACGAUGUGGAGCUCGGAAGAACCCGCCCCAUGUGCUGGAGGUGGAGGCCAUCCAAUGCUGGAGCACCAAGAUCCUGCACAAAAUCUACUUCCCCAAUGACACCGACCAGGCCUUCGAGAUCUACAGCAGCACCAAGGCAAAGGCUCUGUGUGAGACCAUCACCAAACACUUGGGGCUGGGCUCUCCUGAAGGACUGAGCCUCUUUGUACAAUUAGAAGACAAGGUGAUCAGCAUCCCAGAAGGAGAUUUCUUUUUCGAUUACGUGCGGCAGGUGUGUGACUGGGCGAGGAAGGAAAGGCAGGUGCCAGAAGGACUGGCCGGGCCUGUGCCAUAUAGGGUGCUGUUCAUGAGGAAGCUCUGGCUGAACGUGGUCCCUGGACGGGACCUCGAAGCAGACAUCACCCUUCAUUUCCCACAGGAGCUUCCAAAGUACUUGCGGGGUUAUCACCAAUGCACCAAGGAAGACGCCAUCCAGAUCGCCGCAUUCCUGUACAAAGUGAAGUUCGACAAUGACAAAUCCCAGUUCAUCAACAUUCCCAAACUACUGAAGGAUCUGGUUCCUCAGGAUAUGCUUCGGAUUAUGUCACCUGAGGAAUGGAAGAAGGCAGUUGUGGCCGUGUUCAACAAGCACGCAGGCAAGACAAGGGAUGAGGUGAAGCUCGCCUUCCUCAAAGUGCUGCACCGCUUGGUGACCUUUGGCUCGGCCUUUUUUGAAGUGAAGCAAACAUCUGAUCCCAAGGUUCCAGAUAUCGUGCGGAUAGCCAUCAACAGGCACGGGGUGACGGUGAUAAACCCACGCACAAAGGAACCUCUGGUGACUCAUCCCUUCAACAAAAUCUCCAACUGGUGUAGUGGCAGCACAUAUUUUCACAUGUCGGUCGGUAGCAUGACGAGAGGAGCGAAGAUCCUGUGCGAGACUUCACUGGGUUACAAGAUGGACGACCUGCUGACAUCAUACGUGAGUGCAUAUUUAACAGCAGCAAGGCAGAAAACAGCGGGGGGUCCUGCUUGA